CGCCUUGCCUCUGGGAGUUGAAGUUUCUGAAGAAGGAUUCGUGGGCGGUAUCGACACCACUCCUGAAAGGCUUUCUGUGCGAGCUCUCCCGUUCCCUAUCAUCACCUCAGCUCGUUGCUUUUCAGUUUUUCAGAGGCACCAAAUAAUGUCAUCUGAAAUGUUGCCAGCAUUUAUUGAGACUUCUAUUGUUGAUAAAAAGCAAGACUUAAGUGAGGAUCAAGAAGCGAGCCAGAAGCCAAAGUUAGGGGUUGAGCCAAUAUCUAAACGACAAAUGAAAAAACUAAUAAGACAAAAACAGUGGGAAGAACAACGAGAACUCCGCAAACAAAAGCGGAAAGAAAAACGCAAGAGAAAAAAACUAGAGCGACAGUGUCAACUGGAAUCAAACUCAGACGGAAAUGACAGAAAACGUGUUCGGAGACAUGUUGUUCACAGUACCUUGCGCCUUAUCAUAGAUUGUAGUUUUGACGACUUGAUGGUAUUAAAGGACAUUAAGAAACUUCAUAGGCAGAUUCAACGAUGUUAUUCAGAAAACCGACGGGCACUGCAUCCUGUGCAGUUUUACUUGACAAGCCAUGGAGGCCAGCUGAAAAAGAACAUGGAUGAAAAUGACAAAGGAUGGGUCAACUGGAAGGAUAUCCACAUCAAACGAGAGCACUAUAGUGAACUCAUAAAAAAAGAAGACUUGAUUUAUCUUACAUCAGAUUCACCUAAUGUACUGAAGGAAUUAGAUGAAUCAAAGGCCUAUGUGAUUGGAGGAUUAGUAGAUCACAACCAUCACAAGGGAAUCACAUAUAAACAAGCAUCAGAUUAUGGAAUUGAUCAUGCACAGCUACCCCUUGGAAAUUUUGUAAAGAUGAAUAGUCGAAAAGUUUUGGCAGUUAAUCAUGUGUUUGAGAUCAUUCUGGAAUACCUGGAAACAAGAGACUGGCAAGAAGCAUUUUUUACUAUAUUGCCUCAAAGGAAAGGAGCGGUUCCCACAGAUAAAGCCUGUGAAAGUUCUUCUCAUGACAUAUUGUGUGUUGGGGUGGAUGGUGGUUUGGACAGUGAUUCCAGUGAGGAAGAAUAUAGCAGAAAUGAACUGACUUCAUCACAUGAAGAAGAAAAGCAGGAUAAGGAAAAUAACACUGAAUCUAUGGUGAACUCUCUACCACAUUAAUGUUAACUGCUUUCCUUUUAGUUUAACAAAAAUUAGGAGAAAGUGAGGUGCUAUAUAGAAUAUCGAAAUUGGAAGAAUAUUUUGUUUUCUCUUAUUUCUGUUUUGUGAAUUUUUAAAACUCCUUGUAGAGUUAAAUGAUA